AUGACGAGCAGAUCGUCCUAUCCAGUGCCAAUCCACAUUCACGAGCACGAUGAAAUCCGACUUUCUGAUAAUACCGUCCUGUCGACAAUGGUCUGGCUGCCUGAAGAUGCGACGAUUAAUCCAGUACCAGCAAUCCUCGAGUAUUUGCCUUAUAGGAAACGCGAUGGAACGGCUGAAAGGGACGCUCUCAAUCACUCCUAUGUCGCCUCUUAUGGAUAUGCGUGUGUCCGCGUCGACAUGCGGGGUAGCGGUGAUUCCGAGGGCAUUCUACUUGGCGAAUAUCUCAAGCAGGAGCAGGACGAUGCGUUGGAAAUCUUGCGAUGGAUUGCCACACAAGACUGGUGUUCUGGGUCGAUUGGUAUGAUUGGAAUCUCCUGGGGUGGGUUCAAUGGGUUGCAGGUGGCGGCUCGACGCCCUCCGCAAUUGAAGGCAGUCAUCUCACUCUGCUCGACCGACGACCGCUACGCAGAUGACGUCCAUUACAUGGGGGGCUGUCUACUUGUUGACAAUUUCACGUGGGGCGCGACCAUGUUCAGCAUCACCCCGACGCCCCCAGACCCAGCCUUAGUGGGCGAUAAGUGGCGCGACCAGUGGAUGAGUCGUCUGGAAGCUGGCGGUAACUGGAUGGUCGAAUGGCACGCGCACCAACGGCGCGAUGAGUUCUGGAAGCAUGCCUCGAUCUGCGAAGACUACAGUGCCAUUCAGUGCCCCGUCUAUCUUGUUGGUGCCUGGUCGGAUGGAUAUUCGAACACGGUCUUUCGGAUGCUGGAACACCUCGAAUGUCCUCGGAAGGCCCUAAUUGGCCCUUGGGCCCAUGCAUAUCCCAAUUUUGCAACGCCUGGUCCACAGAUUGGCUUUUUGCAAGAAUCCCUCCGCUGGUGGGAUAAGUGGUUGAAAGGCAAAGAAACGGGUAUCAUGGAUGAACCAAUGCUCCGCUGCUACCUACAAGAUACUGUGCCUCCGCGCACUCAGUAUGACUUCCGUCCUGGCCAUUGGGUGGCGGAGAACAGCUGGCCAGCUGAAGGUAUUAUUCCUCGCACCAUGAGAUUCUCAGCAGGGCGGCUAAGUGAUGAGCUCUCAACGGUCAAAGAGCGGCUCUCGAUUUGCUCUCCCAUGACGGUUGGGUUCGCCGGGGGUCUCUGGUGCCCGGGUCUCGAUCUUGAUCUCCCCAGUGAUCAACGCUCCGAAGCAGGCGGCUCUCUACUCUGUGACAGUUCGGCACUUACUCAACGAUUAGAUCUCUUCGGUGCCCCAAUUGUUUCCCUCCGGAUCGCCAGCGACAAACCGAACGCUCUCAUUGUGGCUGUCCUCUCCGAGAUUCUACCAGACGGCUCGUCCACGAGGAUAUCUUUCGGUAUGCUUAACCUGACACAUCGCAAUAGCCAUACAGACCUAGAACCUCUCGAAAUUGGGCGUUUCUAUGAUGUUUCAAUUAAGUUGAACGAGUGUGGCCAACGUAUCAGCGCCGGAAGUCGUCUUCGGCUCGCUUUGUCCACAUCAUAUUUUCCAAUCUGCUGGCCCUCGCCGGAGAUCGCGACGCUGACACUGGACUGCGUUCAGAGCAAACUAGAGCUUCCAACACGGCUAGAAGGUGAACAUGACUCCCAGUUAAGGCCAUUCGAGCCAGCUGUGAACGGGCCCGCCUUGAAGACUCGGGUAUUACGACCAGGGAAGAAAAUGAGCGGAACUAUCACGGAGGACAUCGAGACUGGCGCGAAAACGCUUUGUCGUAUCUUGGAUACAGGGCUUAUGGAGUUUGAAGCCAUCGGUUGGCACUAUGGAGAUGCCAGCAAAAGCAUAUAUUCGAUUUCCCCAGACGAUCCAUUGUCAGCCCGCGCCGAGGUGCAAUUCCGACAAGAAUAUGGCCGCAAGGGACUCGACUUGGUCAUCGAGGGGUGGAACAGGAUGACGGCUACCCAGACGGAUUUCCAUCUUACUGCUCGAUUUGACGCAUUUGAAAAUGGCGUGCAAGUGUUUGGGCGGGACUAUUCGUCCACCGUUCCACGCGACCAUGUAUAG